CGGGACUUCCGCCGCGGGCCGUGCGCAGCAGCGCAGUGCCGUUAAGAUGGCGGCGGCGGCGGUGUUGGAGUUCCAGCGCGCUCAGUCCCUGCUGUCCACCGACCGCGAGGCGUCCAUCGGCAUCCUGCACUCCAUCGUGAAACGCGACGUGCAGGAGAACGAUGAGGAGGCGGUGCAGGUCAAGGAGCAGAGCAUCCUGGAGCUGGGCUCACUGCUGGCCAAGACGGGGCAGGCAGAAGAGCUGGGGGGGCUCCUGAAAUACGUGCGGCCGUUCCUGAACUCCAUCAGCAAGGCCAAGGCCGCGCGCCUGGUGCGAUCCCUGCUCGACCUGUUCCUCGACAUGGAGGCGGCCACGGGGCAGGAGGUCGAUCUGUGCUUGGAGUGCAUCGAAUGGGCCAAGUCUGAGAAGAGGACGUUCCUCCGCCAGGCUCUGGAGGCCCGGCUGGUCUCACUGUACUUCGACACCAGGCGGUACCAGGAGGCGCUGCAGCUCGGUUCCCAGCUGCUCCGGGAGCUGAAGAAGAUGGACGACAAAGCGCUGCUGGUGGAGGUGCAGCUGCUGGAGAGCAAAACGUACCACGCGCUCAGCAACCUGCCCAAGGCCCGGGCUGCACUCACCUCCGCACGCACCACGGCCAACGCCAUCUACUGCCCCCCCAAGCUGCAGGCUGCGCUGGACAUGCAGUCAGGGAUCAUCCACGCAGCGGAGGAGAAGGACUGGAAAACGGCCUACUCGUAUUUCUAUGAGGCAUUUGAGGGCUACGAUUCCAUCGACAACCCCAAAGCCAUCACAGCCCUCAAGUACAUGCUGCUCUGCAAGAUCAUGCUCAACGCCCCCGAGGACGUGCAGGCGCUGGUGAGCGGCAAGCUGGCGCUGCGCUAUGCAGGACGGCAGACAGAAGCACUGAAGUGUGUGGCUCAGGCCAGCAAGAACCGCUCGCUGGCCGACUUUGAGAAGGCGCUGACAGACUACAAGGUAGAGCUCCGGGAUGACCCCAUCAUUAACACCCACUUGGCCAAACUGUACGACAACUUAUUGGAGCAGAACCUGAUCAGAGUCAUCGAGCCCUUCUCCCGAGUGCAGAUGGAGCACAUCUCCGGCCUCAUCAAGCUGUCCAAGGCGGACGUGGAAAGGAAACUCUCACAGAUGAUCCUGGACAAGAAGUUCCAUGGGAUCCUGGAUCAGGGUGAAGGCGUCCUCAUCAUCUUCGACGAACCCCCCGUGGACAAAACGUACGAGGCCGCCCUGGAGACGAUCCAGAACAUGAGCAAAGUGGUGGAUUCUCUGUACAACAAGGCCAAGAAGCUCACAUAGGUUGUGGGGCAGCUCGGUGCCCCCGGCCCCACACGAGGAGCCCUUCGUUCAUCGGAGCCGUCGGUUCGGUUCCGCUUCUCGCUCGGGCUGUUUUUAACGCUCCCCCCGCGGUUCCGUUCGGGCCGGGAGCUGCGCUGGGGCCGUUCGGUGCCGACAGCUCCGCCCUCGAUGCACAUGGGGGGGAUCCGACCCGGUUCUACCCCCCCCAUCGUUGUCCCGCAGCCGCUGUGCGGUGCUGGCUGCCCCACGCCGCCCCCUCCCCAUUUCUCCCUCCCCCCCCGGUUGCUGUGCGGGUUUUGGGCCGCGCGGCUCCGUUAUCUGAUGUUCAGAUGAGUUCCAAUAAAGGACGUGGGGUUUGGUUUCG